AUGAAUAACGAACAACAAAUUUCCAAUUUUUCUGAAUUGCUUGAAUAUUUACAUGAAAAAAAUACUAACAAAAAUGGACAUAUUAUCCUUACAUCUCAGGUUACCAACAAAUUAUUUGAGUUAUUAAAUGAUAUGUCUUUAGAAAUUGGUUCUUUAAAAGCACAACAACAAGAUUUAGUCGAAUUUGAAAGUAUUCCAAAACCUACUGGAUUAAAAUAUAUUAAUUUAGCCGAAGUCUUAGGGUUAGAACAUAAUGUUAGUGAUAUUCGUGAUUUGGUUAAACGAAAAUUAGAUAUACAAAAAACUUGGAAAGACCAAGAUAUUAACUCAAUUGCACAUCAAAUUAAUUCUAAAAAUAAUUUAGAAAAUAUUAAUUUUUUUGACAAUGAUAAUUAUGUUGAUGAAAAUGACAUUGAAGAAAAUUAUAAUAUUAAAAACAGUAAUACUGAAGAUAGUAAUACUGAAGAAAAUGAUAAUAUUGAACGAAAUGAGAAUAGUGAUAUUGAAGAAAAUAAUAUCUUCGAAGAAAAUGAUAAUUUUGAAGAUAAUAUUUCUGAAAUAAAUGAAACAAAUAAUAUCUUUGAAGAAAAUAUUUCAAGUGAUGAUAAUAUUGCAAAACAAUAUGAAAAUCAAAAUCUACAAUUUACUAAUAAACGAACUUCAAAUAAAGAACUUUUACAAGAUAAUCAAUUAUUAAGAAAAAGCUAUUUAUCUAAAAAUAUUAAUUCAAACAAAAAAAUCUUACAAGAUAAUGAAUUAUUUAAAAGAAACUAUUUACGUACAAAUACUAAUUCUAAUAAAGAACUUUUACAAGUUUCUAAAAAACAUUCACAAGAUAAUGAAAUGCGUAAAAGAAAAUAUUCAAAUGAUAAUACUGAUUUUAAUAAAGAACACUCACAAGUUAACAAACCAUCCAAGAAAAAAUAUCAUCACAAAGAUACUAAUUUGUUAAAUGAUGAUUAUUUACAAAAUGACAAAACAUCUAAAAAAAGAAAUUCAUACAAAAAUACCAAUAACAAUAAUACAUUGCAUUCUUCUAUAAUUGAAAAUGCACAAGAUUCUAAUUAUUUACAAGCUUCAACAACAUUUAAAAAGAAUAUGAUUAAUAAAACUCAUAAUCUUAGAUCACAUACUGAAAAAAUUAUAAAGAUUAAAUAA